UAGCACUAUCUUCAGUCGAAACAUGAAAAGCACUUUGAAAAUAUGUUUUUUAACAUUCAUUUAUCAAGCUAUGAAAAUGUUCACUAUAUUUUGUUACUUGACCGUUGACCGAAUUCAGAAAAUACUGAAUAAUAAUAAUAAUAUAAUCCUUGUUACAAUACGAACAAGGUUGUUUAUUCAGUAUCAUUAGAAAUUUUAAUGCAGCUAUAUUAUGUAAGUAUACAGCUUCUACAUUAUUGUUUUUCUUUGCAGGCAAUGUUGGAUAACAUUAAACAUUCCAUAGUGCUUCUUCAAAUAGCUAAGAAUACAGUUAAUCCAGUAAACGGUGUAUAUCAAGGACCAACGAACCUUCCACAAACACAUAUCAAAGAAGAGGGUGAGACGUCUCGUGUGGAGGUGGGCGCGGAGUGUAGAGAGCUGCCGUCACCAACACGACCCAUCCCGCCUCUAGAACAUAUCGACGCACCAAGACAGCCGAUGUCCCUGUUGGUGCCGGACACGUCGUACUCGUCGUCGGAGGGCGAGGACGACUUCUACGACGCGGACGACGGACCAGCGGACGCGCCGCUACCGGGACCCAGCGCAAGCCGCACGUGCCCGACGGAAGGCGCGGCCGAGCAGGAUUCGGCGCAGCCCACCGUCGACCUGCCGCGUACGCGAGACGGAGAGAUAGACUAUGACGCCCUUUACGAGGAUGAGUCGGACAGCGACCUCGGGUCGAUGGAGAACCACGGGUCAGUGGUCACGCAUCUACUCUCUCAGGUCAAGAUUGGAAUGGAUUUAACCAAGGUUGUGCUGCCCACAUUUAUUCUGGAAAGGCGAUCACUUCUCGAAAUGUACGCGGACUCGUUCGCACACCCGGACCAGUUCGUUAAAAUAGUAGACCAACCAACACCCAAAGACCGUAUGAUUCAAGUGGUGCGAUGGUAUCUGAGCUCAUAUCACGCCGGGCGCAAGUCUCAGGUGGCCAAGAAACCUUAUAACCCUAUAUUGGGGGAAGUGUUUCGCUGCCAUUGGGAUUUAGACGCGCCAGAAGGACAGGCGGUCGCUACUACCAGCGAAAAGGAAGUGGGCGAUGGCCCAGUGCCAUGGUGUACAGCUGACCAGCUAUCAUUCGUAGCCGAACAAGUCUCCCAUCAUCCGCCCAUAUCCGCUUUCUACGCUGAGCACGUGAACAAACGUAUACAGUUCGAGGCGUGGGUGUGGACCAAGAGCAAGUUCCUUGGUCUAUCGAUCGGUGUACAUAACAUAGGCAAGGGGACCGUCACCCUGCUAGAUCUCGGAGAGGAGUAUACGUUGACAUUCCCUAAUGGAUACGGCAGAUCAAUAUUGACCGUGCCAUGGAUAGAACUGGGCGGUUCUGUAGUAAUAGAGUGUAUACAGACCGGUCACCGGGCCAACAUAGAGUUCCUAACUAAACCGUUCUAUGGCGGUAAGAAGCACAGGGUCACGUGCGAAGUGUUCGCGGGCGCCGAUAAGAAACCCUAUUAUACCGCGCAAGGGGAGUGGAACACGAGGAUGGAUGGCCGAUGGACUGAUAGUGGGGUGAGUCGAUAAUACUGUGUACUGAUCGUGCGAAUUAACAUGACACGUGAAGGCCUAGUUUUUUUUUCUCCGAAAACGAUUUUGAAAUGGUAAUACUGCUCCGAAAUAACGCAUUUUUCGUCAAUAGGGUAUUCUACUCUGUUUGAAAUAGUACCUGCUUUUAAGCGUUUAUUUUAUUUUAAAUAAGCUAUAAAACAAAUACUUAAAGUGAAUCUAAAGUGAAUGUAUUUUUUUGCCUUAAAACUAAAUCAAAAUAUAAACUUAUUUUAUACCCCGAAAACGAUGUCCGAUAUAUUCAUAAAGUCAUUCAGAUAUGUAUACAAAACAGAUGCACAUUGUAGUAGAUUAAAAGAUGUCAAUAAAACAAGAAGAGUGCCAUCUAACGGUUGAUUACUAAAUAGAAAGAUAUAAGUUACGAACAGCGCCAUCCAGAAAUUUGAUGUAUAAUUAAUAGGCGUUGUUCACGACUAAUCUGACAGCUGUCGCCAGAGUGACGUCACACAAUGGCGGGUUGCGUUUCAAGUUAUGUGACACACAUACAAUAAACUAUAGUCUUUUAAUUAUAAGAAAGUCAUGCGAGUUAAUGACUCAAAAUCAAAAUCUCUAUUGAUUUCUUAUAUUUUCACACGCACUAUACAUAAAUGAAACAACAUUUAAACGGUUUCAUUGUGUUUGCAUUUAGUUUUAUUAACGUUUGAGAUGCAUAAACGAUUUUUUUUUUAAUUAACACAUAUAUAUUCACAAUACAAAAAAAAAGGCGUUUUUAUUUAUUAAAUAAAAUUCUUUUAAUAAUAUAUUUGACUUAUUUAAUAUAAGUAUAAAAAAUAAGUAGGAUAGUACCCUACUAAUGAUAUUAUAUCAUAUGAUAUUAUACUCGUAUCAUAAGUAGAUAUUGAAUAAGCGAGCUAAUGAGUUAUAGUAUAAACACUGUUUACACGUAGCGCACAGAAGUGCUGUUCGAGGUGCUUUUUUUAUAGCUCUUCAGCCCUAAAGGCGAAGACGGCUGGGAGUACAACACGCCGCUAAAGAAAAGACUAGAACCGAAAACCACGCCUCAACACAAACAGUCAGAAAGCGCGGACACGAGAUAAUGCACCAACCACUGUGCAUGGACUCUUUAAUUGUUAACGCCCUAAGGUAGAAAAUCCCACAACCAACGAACCUUGUAGGAUAGAUAGACAGUUCUUAAUUCUGUGACGUAUCACGCCACGCACCAAAUGUUUAUAGCUUAGAUACAGGUUUAGGACUAAAGUCUAUUGCCAUAUAUAUUUUAUAAUUAACGCGCGGAUAUCGAUCGCUAAUGAGAUUAUUCUAAUGACAGGUUUUAAUUUUGAACUUACAAUUUGAAAGUAACUUAUAUAGUUUCGAUAUGAUUUUGAAAAGGUAUUUGUAUAAAAAGAAAUCAAAAAUUUUAUUCCAAUAUAUUCGUACCAAAAUUGAACAUGGAUUAUUGGUUUUAUUCAAAGAAAUAUUUUAAUCUAUCUAUUUAUGUAGAAUGAAAACCUAAAUAAUGCCCCAAUUUCCUAUUUCUUAAAGACUAGUCGCUUAUUCCAAAACUGUCGCGCAAUUUCUAGUGUAUAAUUUUCCGUUUCAAACAAGCUCCUUUAAAUUAUGGCCUACGACGAAGUUAAGCAAUAACUACUUGUAAAUAUUAAGAUCUCUUCAUCUAAACAUAUAACUUCAGUAAAUAUGAUCAACACCCGCAUAGCACUAAAAUCUGACGAAAGAAAAGCUGGUGCAGCCGAUAUGGGCAUGUCCUAACAAAUUAUUAAACCUUGUAUUAUAUUACAAUUUUUAUAUAAUAAAUUAUUUACAAACGAAGUUUUUGCUGAUUUUCAUAGUCUAAUUCAAUUUACUUGUAUUUUUCUUAACCAGUGCCGGAUUAAGCAAGCACGGGACUUGUAGCAAAUAUUUCAAGACUUUAGUUUGGUCUCUUAAAUUGAAAAUCAUAUAUAUCAUAUUUUAUAUUCUUAAUGCUUAAGGAUGAUUAAUCAAAGAAUUAUUGAGUGUUUUAUAAUUAUUGACUGCCUGUCGCAACUCGUUUUGUUGUAAUAGGAUUUACCUAUUUGCCCAGCAAAAGGUGAAUGGGCUUGUCACUGUUUAUGGGCUCAAAUAUAUUGUACUGGGGCACGUAACAAUUAUAAUUUUUGUUAAAUGUAGCAAUCUAAUCUGGCACUGUAUUUCAUUUAUUUCAAUAUCUGACUCUGUUUAAUUAAAAAUAUUCAACUAAUAACUAAUAAAUAUUAUUUAAAUUUCACUGGGGGUUUGGCCUCGUGAUAAAAUUAUCA